CGGGGAAUGAACAGAUCAAGCUAUGAGGGGAGAUAGUACAAUGAGGGGAGUUAGCACAAGAUGUGGCUGAAAUUAGAAUAGACAGGCUAGUCAUGAACGAUAGGAAAACGAAAGGACCCAGCAGGAUUCACCAAAUCCCGGUUUCGUAAUUGCCUAACACUCUACUGCUGCACCGGGCAGAAGCCAAGAGGUCGCACUGAAUCGCGCCCUCUGAAUCGUAAUUAUCAAUUAAAACGCAGACUCCUGACUGCAGCUUGGAUAGUCCAGGAUCAAAUACCCAUUUACGGAAGCGGGAAAACCUAAAUCUGCUUUAGUUUUACUUUUAAUUAGCGACCAGAAAUCUCCGUUGAAUAAUGAGGCUUGAGAUCUGUGGAACGGAGGUCUGAGCCCUGGCGGCCACCUAGAGACCUAGAAGCCCGGACCACGCCGGUCACUUGCCGCCUCUCACCCGGCGUUGGUGGCACAGGAAACCAGCACGGGUAACGCGCGGGACCGCCCUCCAGAUCAAGUCCAACCCGACCAACAACCAAACCAGAGCCGGCGGGAGCCGCGAGGUAUUGUGGGAGGCAAAAGGGCGAGGCGACCGCGAAGCAUUGUGGGACACCACGGGGCUGACUCCGGCUCCCUGCCCCAGCUUCCUCUCGUACCGCGCGCGGCCACGUUUCAGUUCUGAGUCGUUCUGGGCGUCCCCAGCUGCCGCUGAUGUAAUCACCCGCACUCCGUGUCUGGCACCUCAGAGGAUAACAAGGAAAUUAAGCGAAGAACCGUGACACACUUCCGGUUGUGUCUUCGCUUUACGGCUCGACGUUUUUGCCGCUAAGAAGGAAGUGGUGGAGGCGUUUACGACUGCGCUGGUCGCGCUUUACGGCGCCGGCCCCUGCGCGCGCCACUUGCCUCCUGUCUUGGUCCCUCGGAGUCCCUAGGAUCUUGGCGUCUCUUCCCGUGCCAUCUGUCGCCAUCCGGGCCCGCGGAGCCCAUUGCAGGUUUUAGAAGAUGGCGAAGUUCAUGACUCCUGUGAUCCAGGACAACCCCUCAGGCUGGGGUCCCUGUGCCGUCCCUGAGCAGUUUCGGGAUAUGCCCUAUCAGCCGUUCAGCAAAGGAGAUCGGCUGGGGAAGGUUGCCGACUGGACAGGGGCCACAUACCAGGAUAAGAGGUAUACAAACAAGUACUCCUCUCAGUUUGGUGGGGGAAGUCAGUAUGCAUAUUUCCAUGAGGAGGACGAGACAAGCUUCCAGCUGGUGGACACAGCACGCACACAGAAGACUGCCUACCAACGGAACCGGAUGCGAUUUGCACAGCGGAACCUCCGCAGAGACAAAGACCGCCGGAACAUGGUACAGUUCAAUCUACAGACACUGCCCAAGAGUGCCAAGCAGAAAGAGAGAGAACGAAUUCGCUUGCAGAAAAAAUUCCAGAAGCAAUUUGGAGUGCGGCAGAAGUGGGACCAGAAGUCACAGAAACCCCGAGACUCUUCGGUUGAAGUUCGCAGUGACUGGGAGGUGAAAGAGGAGAUGGACUUCCCUCAGCUGAUGAAGAUGCGCUACUUGGAAGUGUCAGAACCUCAAGACAUAGAGUGCUGUGGCGCACUGGAGUACUAUGACAAAGCCUUUGACCGCAUCACCACGCGGAGUGAGAAGCCUCUGCGGAGCAUCAAGCGCAUCUUCCACACCGUCACCACCACAGACGACCCUGUCAUCCGGAAGCUGGCAAAAACACAGGGCAAUGUGUUUGCCACUGACGCCAUCCUGGCCACACUGAUGAGCUGUACCCGCUCUGUGUACUCCUGGGACAUUGUUGUGCAGAGAGUUGGAUCUAAACUCUUCUUUGACAAGAGGGACAACUCUGAUUUCGACCUCCUGACUGUGAGUGAGACAGCCAAUGAACCCCCUCAAGAUGAAGGCAAUUCCUUCAACUCACCCCGCAACCUGGCCAUGGAGGCCACCUACAUCAACCACAACUUCUCCCAGCAAUGCCUGAGAAUGGGGAGAGAAAGAUACAAUUUCCCCAACCCAAACCCAUUUGUGGAGGAUGACAUGGAUAAAAAUGAGAUCGCCUCCGUUGCUUACCGUUACCGCAGGUGGAAACUUGGAGAGGACAUCGACCUUAUCGUCCGCUGUGAACAUGAUGGCGUCAUGACUGGAGCCAAUGGAGAAGUGUCCUUCAUCAACAUCAAGACGCUCAAUGAGUGGGACUCCAGGCAUUGUAAUGGUGUUGACUGGCGGCAGAAGUUGGACUCUCAGCGCGGAGCUGUCAUCGCCACUGAGCUGAAGAACAACAGUUACAAGUUGGCCCGCUGGACCUGCUGUGCUCUGCUGGCCGGAUCUGAGUACUUGAAGCUCGGGUAUGUGUCCCGGUACCAUGUAAAAGACUCCUCACGCCAUGUCAUCCUGGGCACCCAGCAGUUUAAGCCCAAUGAGUUUGCCAGCCAGAUCAACCUGAGCGUAGAGAACGCCUGGGGCAUCCUACGCUGUGUCAUUGACAUCUGCAUGAAGCUGGAGGAGGGCAAGUACCUCAUCCUCAAGGACCCCAACAAGCAGGUCAUCCGAGUCUACAGCUUGCCUGAUGGCACCUUCAGCUCCGAGGAGGACGAAGAGGAUGAGGAAGAGGAAGAGGAGGAAGAAGAAGAGGAAGAAACUUAGAUGAGUCGUCUUGGUGCCCAUGUGUGUUCCACCCAGCUGGGCAGCGUGUCUGUGGUUCCUGCUCUCUGAGGCAGAUAGAAUAAAGAAUAAGUGUUUGGUUUC